AUGAAUCGACCCAAGACGUACACCAACAUCACACAGCAAUGGGCUCGGAGAUGUCAAGAUCUUCUCAUCAGCAACCACAGAAGGACAAACAAUUAUUCAUCAUUUUCAUGUAAACCAUCCAAGAGCAGUCAUGUCCGUUUCCAUCUCAACACUCGCGUGUAUGAAAACAAACAAUUUCACUUUUCACAUCAGAAGAGAGACAAUGAAAAGAGUAACAACGAAAGUAACACGGCCAGAUCAGCAAUUUCUGGAAUUACGACUUCACAAAUUGUGGAAAAUGUCAAAGUAUUAGAGACAUCAUCAUCCACAACAAAUUCUUCACAACAACCAUCCGCUCCACCUGCCACUGCAACCAUUGUCAUUAUCCAACAACAGCAACAGGCACCACAAGUCGUGUCAUCAUCUGCAGUCUCCACUCACACAAUGGAAAAUCAAUUGACAACUCCAGGAGACCACUCGACUUUUCAUCAUUUUUCGGCAACAAGUCAUGUUGACAUGCCAAUAACUCAACCCCAAUCAACCACAACUUCAACAAUUAUCAAAAUUGAUUCACAAGUAAUUUCGAAAGAGAUUGAAAAAGCAGUCAGUGAACAAAUUAAACAAAAGUUGAAACAUGCCUAUGAGCCAUCACGUGACGAAUAUGAAGUGAUUGAACAUUUAGAACAAGAACGUUUAUAUGAAGAAGGAACAAGACAGAAAAUGGGAUUUAUUCAAAAAAUUAGAACUUUUCUUAGAAAAAGGAGUACACUUCUUUCUAAUUUAUUACUCGUUGGAAAAGUGUUACCAGCCAAUGCCAUUGCUACUCUAUUCUUUUCCUAUUACAAGAUGGAAAAGAAUUACAAACAACGAUGUUUUGAACAACGAAUUACAGCAAGUUUGAAUUUUAUUGAUCACGAAACCAACACAUUUAAAGUGAGAAACAUUUUCUGCAAAAAUCUCGAUGAAGUGGUCUUGAACAAUCAAGCUGUUGUUCAAUUAAUUCAGGAAGCAGCAGCCAAUACUACGAGUGAGUCACCCAUUGUUAUUCUUCCAGAUGAUGACAAGUGGUUUUGUUUGCAUCUGAUUCAAUCUGUCAUUUCACAAAACGUGAGUGCUUCUGGUUAUUUCAGACAAGACAUGAAAUUAAAACAUCACAGUGAAUGGUAUGUCUUUGGAAUUACCAAUGAGGUAGACGUUACAGUCCGAAAGAUGCGUGUGGUCAUUGUUCAAGAACAAUUGUUAAAGAAAAUUCAAGAUGGAACUCUACAGGAACCACAAUUUGAACACAUCUACGGAGAAGUUCGUUGGAAUACGGUCAAGUUAAUGGCCAAGAUGUACCGAGAACAAUACGAUUCGAUCAUGCACACUGGAUUUGGUGAUUUAAUGCGAGUGGAGAUUGUAUUGAGUAUGUAA